GACGACGUCAAUCUUCCACAACCCGCCGCGACCACAGAAACUCUCCACUCCACCACCCGUGCAACGCCAGAGACACUUCAACAGAACGGGCAAUUGGAUGCGCAAAACUUCGUAAUUGACAGCAAGUCAUCAGAACUCACCAUGUUGACCCCGACGACCACCGCCGCCGCUGCGGCUCGCUUCGCUGCUCUCGGCAGUCGAGGACUCCAGCUCCCAACAGCUCUCAUCCGAGGCCCGAGCUGUCCCUACGCAGCCGCCUUCUCAUCGCUAUCACGCCAGCAAUGCGCAGCCUCCCGCAUGCCUUCGAGACAGUUCUCGACCAAGAACUCCUUCUUCCAGCCUAACCCCGCCCGAAAAUCAACAACAUCAGUGCAAUGCCAGUUCGCAGCUCGGCGACACGCCAGCACAGUAUCGGCGUCUAGCGCCGCCGGCACAAGCUCUCCCUCCGCGUCCGAGCCAAAGCUGAACUGGAACACCUUUUUCCAGCUGCGGAAGACGAGGAGACGGUUCCAGCUCGCAAGCAGCAUAGUGACGAUGGCCAUAGGCGGUACGGCGGGCGCGGUGCUGCUCGUCAACAUGGAGAUGGACUGGCUGCUGAGCAAGGUGCCCAUGGACCCCAUCUUUGCCCUCGGCAUCGUCACGCUGAGCUUCGCUGGCCUGGGAUGGCUGGCGGGUCCGAGUCUGGGGUCGGCCAUUUUCUACACAUUCAAAAGUGGCGUGAAGAGGCCCAUGGGUGUGAAGGAGUCUGAGUUCUUCAACCGUAUCAAGAAGAACCGUGUCGACCCUACCAACAGCUCGCUGAGUGGGAAUGCUGUGCCCGACUUCUAUGGUGAGAAGAUCUCGAGCGUCGCGGGUUAUAGGCAAUGGUUGAAAGACCAGAGGGCAUUUAACAAGAAGCGGACAAGCUUUGUCUAAAAGUUAUGGGAAUUCAAGUAGGGGGGCGACACGACAGUACGGGAAAAAGGGUAGGACAAUUGGGACGUGUCCAUUCAAACUGUACCAGCAGGUUUUGGUAUGUUUGUACGUAUGAUUCGAUUUGGAACGGCGUUCGG